UGGAACACGCAAUCUCGACAAUCUGCAAAAGAAAUACGAAGAUAUCAUACGAUUCCCCUCAGCCAAGUGAUGUGUGAAUGUUGUCGGCCAGUGAUCAUUCAUGAACGACUUGGCGCCACAACGCUUAUUCGCACCACACCCGUCCAUGUGACCUUACUUAUCUAGAUAGCCGAGACCACUCUGCUAGAUUUAAAGGUGGCCAGGUCGGACACCCUAGUACACGGUUAGAGGCUUUCCCCGGCUUUUGAACCUCGGAGUUCCUUUGGGAAAGGUUUUAAGUUUUGGGAAUCAUGGGCUUCGGCAAGAAAAGGGUGGAUCAUAAUGUUGAAGAGGUUGGCGAAGAAGCGACGCCACAUGUGAGAUGGACGCUGGGGAUCUUGAGCGAUCCGCUUGUGGAUGAAGUACCUGGCUCCAUACGUCUUCUUUCCGACGAACACGACCACCAUGAACCGCUUGGCCUGCACCACGAAGACCAAGCUCAACGUGCCUCGGUGUUUCCCUCGCCUUAUCACCCUCAAAUCCUCGAAAAGGUCGUAGACGCGGAGAAACGAACUAAAGAUGGCACAAUAGUGCUCUCCCCGCAGCCCGAAAGUACACCGAAUGAUCCUCUUAACUGGUCUUCUGCCCGCCGCAACACGGACUUGCUUGCUCUCGGGCUGUUCUGCAUGCUCGGUGGUGGCAUGACUCCAAUUCUCGCUGCUGGUUUUAACGAUGUCGCAAAAACAUUUGACGUAACGGUACCGAAAGUUGCACUUACUACGGGACUGUUUAUGAUGGGCAUGGGUGUUGGUGGAGCAAUUGUUACGCCAACUGCCAUUCUUUACGGAAAGAGGCCCAUUUACCUAUUCUGCUGUCUUCUUCUUAUCGGAACAUCAAUUUGGUGUGCGGCAUCCCAGUCCUAUGGCUCCCUCCUCGUAGCCCGUAUUGUCCAAGGCAUCGCGGUUUCUCCAGUCGAGGUCCUCCCUUCGGCGACAAUUGUAGAGAUCUUCUUCCUCCACGAGCGAGCUGGGAGAAUUGGGAUCUACGAGUUCCUGUAUCUUGGAGGCAAGAACUUAAUCCCACUUGUCGCAGCCGCAAUCGUAAUGUCUAAAGGCUGGAGAUGGAUCUUUUGGAUCGUUGCGCUAGUUGGAGGACUCUGCUUUGUGCUGAUAUUCUUCCUUGUUCCGGAAUCAUUCUGGGAUCGAACGCCGCGCCGCAACAAGACGGUGAAGGCAACUAUGGCUGGCGCAAUACGAAGAUUGAGUGCAGCGAGUGGUAGCCAAAAAGAGUCUGUUGGUGUGAUAGCUCCCGAUAUCAUACGACCAGUCGAGGAUGAGACUGAAGGAGAGACCGCCGGUUCUCGGCCACCAAGUUCCGGAGACGACAUAGAAGACCAGAUCGCAGCCACCAAAUCUGCGGACGAAAAGGCACCGGAAGUCAUAGAGGAGAAACAGCACUACCUACCUCACAUCAACUUCCAUAUCACCAACCACGCUCAUCACCGACAUUUCCACAUUCACCACCACAGUAAAAGCUCUCAACCCCACGAACCCCACAUCGACUACACCGACUACUAUCGUGAGCACGCUCCACGGACCUACAUCUCCUCCUUGAAGAUCUGGAACGGUCGUCUAAGCCAGAUACCCUGGUGGCGCAUCUUCCUACGCCCCUUCAUGCUCUUCACCUACCCGGCCAUUCUGUGGAGCGCCGCGGUCUACGCCCUCUCAAUCGGCUGGCUAAUUGUAAUCUCGGAAUCUGUGUCUCUCAUCUACCGCAACAAAGAGACUUACAACUUCAACUCCCUACAAACGGGCCUCAUAUAUAUCUCCCCGUUCAUCGGGUCUAUUCUCGGUACCAUUGGUGGCGGUGAGGUAUCGGAUGUUAUCAUCAAGUUUAUGGCUAAGCGCAAUAAUGGGAUCUAUGAACCGGAGUUUCGGUUAGUUAUGGCGGCGCCUGUGGCGAUUACCACAGUCUUGGGGCUUAUGGGUUUUGGGUGGAGUGCACAAGUUCAUGAUGCUUGGAUUGUGCCCACAGCGUUCUUUGGCAUAAUCAGCUUUGGGUGUGCAUUGGGCGCCAGUACGGCGGUAACAUUUUGUGUGGAUAGCUAUAGACAGUAUGCUGGGGAGGGACUGGUUACGUUGAAUUUUAGCAAGAAUAUAUUCCACGGGCUCGUAUUCUCCUUCUUCGUCGGCAACUGGAUCGAAUCGGACGGACCGAAGAAAGUCUAUCUCAUCAUCGGCGGCAUCCACCUUGCAUUCCUCAUUUUCACAAUCCCAAUGUAUGUAUUCGGCAAACGCGCGAGGAUGAAUACAGUGCGGAGGAAUUGGCUAGAGAAGUUUUAG